AUGUUUACUUCAAUUCAGUUUGACAUUUGGAACCUAAUCAAACGUCCUCUGACGGCCGAUCCCUACCAGCUGACAGCGAGGUACCGACUGAAAAGCGCUCCCGUGCGGCGAGUGAAGAGUGGAAUUGUCUCCCGCAGACGUCGACGCCCAGAGUCACGUGCCGAGAGCGAGGGUGACGAGUCUAUCAUCACUACAGCCACGACAGAUGGCGCUUAUUUCUUCGACUUUGACAAAGAUCUUCCUGAUGAUUUCGAAUUUGAUGGUGUGUGCGUUCUUCUUUUUAACUCUUCACAGUAUUCAAACUGCAGAGAGAAUCGGCAGAGAACCUGUGUAGCUUCAUCAAUGUUAUGUUUCGUAACAGAUGAGGACAAUUCAACAGGGCGGCGAAGUACGAUUGGUAAUCACAGUCAACGAACGUAUCUGCGCAGCUGCAAAGUCCUCAGUAUCCGACCAACCAGCGUCAUCUACAAACAUUUGAAUGGAGACAAAGUGCAACUCAAACAUCACGUGAUUGGAUCGGAUGGAGCUAAGGCAUGCGCAAUAUCGCUAGUGGAGAACUCAUCGGUACAAGUUCUGGAUCUGGAGGACAACGGUAUCAGCACUCAGGGCGCCCUCUACAUUGCCGAUAUGCUAACAGAAAACACAUUCAUCACAGAUCUGAACGUAGCCGAGAACAACAUCCGAACAGAAGGAGCUAAAGCCAUCAUCAGUGCUAUCAAAGACAUGGACAGUAUCGUCAAACUAAACCUGUCAGGAAACAACUUACAAGAAUACGAUGGAGAUUUGAUAGCAGAGUUACUUGAUCAAUCCCAUAAUUUGAAAGAAUUGUAUGCAAGUCAUAACUGUUUUCGAGAAAAUGGUGGAAAUGCUAUCGGAGAUGCAAUUGCAUGGAACGACACCCUAGAAGUGUUGGAUCUGAGCUGGAAUCAUCUAAGGAGGAGUGGAGCGCAGGCUAUCGCAAGAGGCAUCGCGCAAACAGACGCUUUACCUCAAUAUUUCCACUUCGACUUGCGGUGGAUUGCCACUGACAAAACUGACCUCAACAUAAACUCCGGCGUCACGGUGUUGAACCUGGCGUGGAACGGGUUUUACCUGGACGGCUGUAAGGAGAUGGGCAAGGCUCUGGAACGCAACAAAACACUACAGGACCUCGACCUCAGUUCCAACAGAAUCAACAAGCAGUGUCUUGAUGAGCUCUGGAAGGGCUUGAAGAAAAAUUCAACACUCAAAAUACUCAAGUUAACGGACAAUCCUCUGACGUCAGUAGGGGCACUGUUUAUACUGCAGUCUAUAGCGGACACUAAAACAGCUGGACUUUCCGAGCUGGACCUUGGUGUAAGUCAAUAUCAAUCUGGACUUGUUGAUAUCGACCUUGGAAGCCAGUGCGUUGAAAAAGCGUUCCCAGAUGUAUUGGAAAAGCUUCAGGAAGGUCGAUCAUUCAAAUGUGUGUUUGGCGCUGUGAUUGGCCAGGACUCGGAUGCAGACGACCCGGAGAAAGAUCUACUGGAGGAGAACCCAGUCCUCAUUCUGAUGGAGUUCGGCAAGAUCCUAGGCCUGCGUCUCACAGACCUCUUCUCCAUGAUGGACAAAGACGGGAGCAAGACCCUGACACGAGCUGAAAUCAAGCAAGGUUUGCUGGAAUGUAACAUACCUCUGUCUGCCAAGGCAUUGGACGUGAUGAUAGAAAAACUAGACCAAGAUGGUGACGGUGAAAUAGACUAUGGUGAAUUAAUGUCGGCUCAUUCCGCACAUCGUCGGAAACUAACGAAGACUGUUAUUAGGUCACGUGAGAUGAACGUGGACAUGGAGGAAACGGACGUGGGACGAAUCAGAAAAUUUCUGAAAAUGCUCAUAGCUAAGAAAAGAAGAGAGCAAGCUUUGAAUCUGUCCAAGAAGAAAAUCAGCGCAGUGAACGCAAUCCAGGGCAAAUCCAGAGAGGGGUCGUCGAAAUCUCGACCAGGGACAGCCUCGUGACGUCACCAUGUUUUCCAAAUACCAAACGCCUUUACAUGCCCACGUCCAUUAGGUUCAGGCAUCUCCACCCAAGGUCUUGCCUCUGGUAUGUCCAGUGGCUUGACUCAGGUUAUAGUCGCCAUGUUGUUCACACGGGUCUAACAUGUUUUCUCUGGGAAAGAGAACAUGGACAUUUGAAUAGGAGAUUUCAACGGAGGGUUGGUCCCACCCACACCUGGAUCAUACCCAAAACAGACGGGGCAGGAUCCGGAGUGUGUAAAUUGGGAACACAUGCCCCAAUCCAACAUUUGAUCCAGACGUUACGAGAACGCAGAUUCUAUAUAUAUAUAUAUCUAUCUAUCAGAAUGCCUGUCAGCAUUAUUCAGUGAUGCAUAUUUUGUGAAAUAAUUCACAUUUAGUCCGCAUAAACGACGCAAGACUCUUUACAAUCAAACAGAGCGGUAUAACGUGUUUUGAAAAGAAAAACAAACUCUAAUGGAUAUAUUAUAUAUGCUGCAAGCAUUGUCAGAUAUCAAGUUGAACCCGUAUAUUGCAUUGUGGGAAAGAAUUCAAAUAUGUGUGACAUUGCCCCACACAAAAACACCGCGGUAUUCAGAUUAUUUGAUCCUAUUAAGCAACCCGUGAAAAGUCGCACAGUUCGCUUCAUCGUAUGUAUGCCCAUUGGACUAUAUGAUAUCUCAUUCCAGCUAGUACACCACGACUGGUAUAUCAAAGGCUGUGUGCUAUUUUCUCUAUUGGAUGGUGCAUAAAAAAAAAAUCUUGCUACUAAUGGAAGCAUGUAGUGGGUUUCCUUUCUAUGACUACAUGUCAAAAUUACCAAAUGUUCUCUAGUGGUGUCAUUAAACAAAACAAACUAACUUUUAACUUUCAUCGUCUGUAUAGUCUAGCCAAUCUAAGGUUUAAAAGAAUGAAAGAAAGAUGUUUUCUUUAACACAUUUUUAUAUGGCUGCAGACAUAUGGGUAAGGACUACAUAAUAAGGAGGAAACCCGGUAUCGUCACUCCAUGGGCUAUUAUUUUUUAUUAGCAGCAAGAUAUCUUUUACAUACACGAUCCCACAGAAAGGAUAGUGCACAACACGGCUUUUGUUACACCAAAUGUUAUGCACUGGUUGGUACGAGAAAUGGACCCACUGAUCAACUCUAGACCAACCGCGCUUUACCUUUGUGCUACGUCGCUAAGGUUUAAAAAAGCUUAACCUAGAGCAAAUAGCAACAUAAUGUAUUGUUGUGUAACUUACUCUCAACUCUCUUAGACAACAUUUCGAAAAUAUAGAUUGAUGUAGUUGGGGUGGGGAGAUACUAAUUCGCAUAAAUUAAGUAUGGUCGCAACAGUAUACAUAUGUAAAUGAUGUUUAAAAUGUCUUGUAUUUUGACAGAAUUAACUUACUUGAUGGAUUGAAAAUAUUCUUCAUAAUUGAAGAUGGCUUUCAUUUUUCAAUAUGGACGAAAACAUUGACAUAAUAAUUGCAUAUUACUAUAUAUAUUUUUAUUGUAUAAAUUCUAAAGUGAUCUGUGAUCUUGGUAAUCUAAAUUUUUGUUUCUUCUUUUUUGAACGCUCAGAUAGGCAUGUAGCUCAAACAAAUGCUGCUGUACGCUGUAUAUUUUCCUUGGGGCCGAAUAGUUUCUCCUUCAGGGGUUCAUCUGAAGGCUAGACUGCUUUCCUAUGAUCCAGGUAGUGUGGACAAUCCUUCAUAAGAAGAUCGACAGUCAUGGGGGCUGUGCCACAAUCACAGG